ACGGCUGCUUACCAUGCUAAAAAAACUAUCUUGAACACACACAAAAAAAAAAACAAUUAAAGAAGCUCUAAUAUACACCAUGCAAUUGGGAUCAACAGGAGAUUUGGGUUUCAAGGCCUCCUAUCUAUUUAUUAGACCAACUGCAUUUGGAUACCUGUACUAUUUCACACCACUAAAGAAAUAAUGCAGGUUUUGUUGAUAAAAAAAAACAUUUGGCAAUUAUUUUCUUUUUUGAGUUAUCUAGCUACACAAUAUAUAAUUCUAACACUAAUAUAAAGAGGUUCUCAUAUAAAUAAGUUUAUUUCUAUAUUUUCAACCUCUAAGUGAUAUCCAUUUUGAUAUAUUUUAGAGAUUUUUUUUACGUCAUCUUACCACUAUCAUAUCACGAUAGUCAGUGGUAUGAUGUUGAUAUGACAAUGAUAUAAUGUUGACAUGAUAUUGGUAUGAUAGGGAUAUGGUGUUGAUAUGAGGUCUUAUAUUUAUCAAAUUAAUUUGAUGACAUCAUAUCUGUAUCAUAUCAUGAUAUUAUCAUUAGAUCAUAUAAAUAUUAUGAACAGUUAUUCACCUAUAAGUUACUAAUGGGUUCCGCUCCCAAAAAAUAGGGGUUAGGACUUAGGAGUGUAAACAACACUUGUAGAAUUGGUCUACUUGCAUAUCAAGUGGACCAACAUGAAAUAUUACCAUUUGAUGUUGGGUUAUAGAUAUGCCCAUCUACUAUGAAGUUUUAUCAAAUAUGUUCAUCUACUAUUUUUUACAUCAAACAUGUUAUUCUGUUAAAAUUUCUAUUGAAAAAAUCGCCAAUCAUGGUUGAACCGAGAUUUAGACGACCCAACAGGCCAACAACGACAAAUGGGAGGGAAAAUAAAAGUUUUGACCCCUAUUUUAUUUCUCUAGGUCUCGUCACAGUGAAAUUAUUAGAAUUAUUUGGCCAUACAUAAUAACCAAAAAAAUUCUAAAGUGAAAUUAUUAUGGAUAUUUUAGACAUUUGUGGCGCCCAAACCAAAGUUUUGCUGUGGUAAACGAUUUUUGGAUGAAAAUUACAACAAAAAGGCAUGUUUGAUAUUUUUCUCAAAGUACACGGGCAUGUUUGAUGUAAAAAAUAGUAGAUGGUAUGUUAGCUAAAAUGUCAUAAUAGAGGGGCAUAUUAUACCUAUAACCUUUUGAUGUUUGUUUGAUUUUCAUCUGCCAAGUACAAUACAACUACGUACAAAGUUAUGUUCCUUAACAUCUUCCCUGAAACUUGUUGAUUCCUGUGGCGUUUCUAGCCUUUGGUUUUGGUUUAUUAUCGCUACGCUUCUUUAAUAAAAUGAGAACCAUGUUCAAUUGUAAAAUAGAAACAAAUUUAAAUAUGUUUGUAAUAUUAGACGUUUGAAAUUAAAUCAAUUAAAUGAUAGUGAUAAGAAUCCUUAUCUACAGAGUCGCCCCUCAACUAACUUAUAGUUGAUAAACUAAUUUUAUCAUGAACUUUAGCAAUUAGUGUUACAUGUCGAAAAUCUAGAAAAGUGAAAUAUUAAUAUAUAAACUUCUUUGAAUAUUUCACAUUUUUUUUAUUGAUCAUCUUAUCAUCAUUACCAUAUUCUUCGCCUACGAUUUUUUCUCAUCUACAAUGCUUGUUCCUCGCAUAAAUUAUCGUAGAUAGAAUGUCUAAACUUUUCACGACAACAACCUCCUUGGUCAUGCAUAGUAGUUGAUCCUCGUGUAUAAAUUUGGAAUCCAAAUCCUCACACUUCAUCACCAUAACAUUGCACAUCAAAGGAAACAAGAAGAUUGGAAAAGGAAAGGAUACGAUGGGGCAAAAGAGGGGUGCUCUGGUAGUCUGGCUCCUACUCUUGUCAACACUACUAACCCAGCUGUUGGUCGAGGUCGAGGCUAACAGUUUUUACCCAAAAUCGACGGUGGUGAUAUCGAACCAAAUCGAAGGAGGGGCAAAGUUGUUGGUGCAUUGCAAGUCCGCGAAUGACGAUCUGGGUGUGCACUGGUUGGACCCAGGCAAGAGUUUCGACUGGACCUUCUAUCCACACUUCUUUACAUAUACUCUGUUUUUUUGCGCCUUUCGUUGGGAAGUCGGAGCUCAUCUUAAGUGGUUCGACAUCUACAAACAGCAGAGGGACGACGAAGUGUGCAAGUACUGCCAUUGGGCCAUCAGGAGAGAUGGACCGUGCCUGGCCGUGCCGGGUUCCGAAAUGUGUUAUCACUACAGGGACAAACUUUAGUACCACAACGAGCUCUUAUAGGCACAGUGGCACACUAUAGGUGAUCGAGUUCAUUUUGGAUUGGACGCAAGUUUCUUUCGUUGGAUUUUAUAGUUGGUAUGUGUGAAUAAUUAGUUUGGUUUAAUCUAAGGUUUGAAGUCUUUGUUUUAUUGUUUUUAUUGGGAACUCAAGGUGGAAUAAAAUGAAAGUUUCUCUUCUUAUGUUUUAUUAUUUUGUAAUCUUAUUUAUUAAGGCUAAUAUCAUUGCAAAGUGUUACUUCUAUUUCUAUAGCACCAAAAGUUGAUAUGACGAUCUUAUCACCAAGUUUUGUUUUGUUAGCAUUGGUCAUUAAUGGUCAAUAAGUUGACGGCUGAUGUGUCAGAUAAUAUGAAUUAGAAGAGUGAGGUGGAAUUAUGAUUGACAUGUCAUUUAAAAUAAGCAUAAAAAUGUUCAUUAAAAAAACCAAAAAUUCAUUUUUCUCUUGCGACUUCCUCCCUCGACCUUCACUCCACCGCCACCCCUACCUCCUUCAGCUAUUUUCAAAAUCUCUUCAAACCUGCUUAAGGUUAAGGGUAUAAGCUCUUUCACAUAGUCCGAUUUUCCUUUCAUUUUAGCUGACCUAUUUGUAUAAAUCGUUCUGUCCAACAAGCUCCGGACAUAGCGUUAAUGACGUUUAGCCUGAUUUAUAUAGCAUAAAUAGGUUCAACUUCUAUAGAUGACAACUAUUUAUACAGAUUUUCCAAAACAAUCCAUAUGAAAUUAUUCUCUUAUGGGAGUCACGACAAGAAAAUCAACCUAUAAAAACAAAUAAUUAGAGACAAUUAUUGUAUUGAUCUCUAUAGUUAAAUUUUAGGGUCAUAAAUAUUAUUUGUGCAAAAAUUUAAAUUUCGAGUUAAAACAAGAGAAAAAUUCAAAACCUAACAAACAUAUAAAGAGGUUCUCUUCAAAAACCCCUCCCAUUCUAUUUUUCCGUGAACAGCGCAUAGUACAGAAGGAUUUCUCCAUCUUUUUACUAUACUCAACUAAAUAAACACAUAUCGUUCCAUGAGGCGGACCAAGCCUAUAUUUUUGUUGAUCUUUGGGCUUCUUAAGAUUGGACUGAGGUGGGAUGGAGUGUGUGCUGACUACUGAGAAGUAAGAAACAAAAUAAAAUAAGCUUGCGACA